CGCGGGAUCGAGGGAGGUGGGCUGGCGCUCCGGGGACCCAGCGCUGCGCCCUUCAGCAGAGGCGCCACACAGCAGAGGGGGCCACCGUGGCCGCCGCAGAGCGUGCGGGGGGUCGGGCUGGCGGCGGGCAGCGGAGGGGCGACUGCGCCCGCGCAGCAGAGCCGAGUGGAGUGGAGCGCGCAACCUGACCGCCGCCGCCUGGCAAAUGCCAUCACCGCCACAAAGAGCUCGCUGAGCCCAGGCGGCGGGAGCUCCGGGGGCUGCGCUGCACAGGAGGCUCUGCGCAGCGGACCCUGGGGGAAGGGACCAAGACUGAAGAUGGCCCGGAAGAGAAAGCCCCCCAGCAGCCAGGGUGACCCAAGGAGGUAUGAUCCAGAUUUCCAGGGACCUACUGCCAAAAGGAGUUGUACGGACGUUCUAUGCUGUAUGAUCUUCCUACUGUUCAUUUUGGGCUACGUUCUGUUAGGACUCUUGGCUUGGGCACAUGGUGACCCCAGGAAAAUGGCCUACCCUACAGACAGCCAGGGACAAUUAUGUGGCCAGAAGGGAACACCAAAUGAGAACAAGACCGUUUUGUUUUACUUUAACAUCUUCAGAUGUACCAGUGCUUCCAUGAUGCUUCGGCUGCAGUGUUCCACCACACAGAUCUGUGUCUCCAGGUGCCCAGAGAGAUUCCUCACCUACUUGGAUAUGCAAUUUCUGAACAAAAAAGACAAAAACUACUGGGAAUACUAUCGUCAGUUCUGCAAGGCCAAGGCCAGGCCUGUGGAGACUUUUGCAGGCUUUCUGUCCAAUGAUGAUUGUCCCCUAGCAGUAUACCCAAGCAGACCUUUUCUGCAGAGAUGUGUACCUGACCUUUCAGCCAUCAAUGGGACCUUGGCUUUAGGAAGUAGGACGCAGUUUGAAGAUGGAAGUGGGCAGACCAGGAAUAUCGUAGAACUCAGGGAGGCUGCGAAUGGCAUUAGUGAUAUGAUCGAUGCCAGGACGUUUGGUCUGAAGGUGCUUGAAGACUAUUCGACCUCAUGGAAAUGGAUUCUCAUCGGCCUGACUCUUGCCAUGGCACUGAGCUGGACGUUUUUGAUACUCCUGAGGUUCACAGCUGGAUUCCUCUUCUGGUUCUUCAUAUUUGGUGUGCUUGGAAUUAUAGGAUAUGGAAUAUGGUACUGUUUUCUGGAGUACAACAGCGUUCAGCGGAAGCCACAGUCCGCUUUCUGGAUGUACGGCAUCGGGAUUCAGACGAGAAUGAGCAUGUUCUUUCGCUUGAAGGAGACCUGGUUUUCAAUGAUGAUCAUCUUGUCCGUCAUUGAAGUCCUCAUCAUCAUUGUACUGAUCUUCCUCAGGACUCGGAUCCGAGUGGCCAUCAUCCUGCUGAAGGAAGGAAGCAAAGCCAUUGGGCACCUUCCCAGUGCAUUAGUCUACCCAGUUUUAACCUUCAUCUUGCUAUCAAUCUGCAUUUCCUACUGGGCUGUGACAGCCGUUUUCUUGGCUACAUCAGGGGUACCAGUAUUCAAAGUUAUGGUCCCAGAGGGGAAAUGUAUAUAUGAAGAUGAAACUUGUGACCCAGAGAUUUUUCCUAAUACUAACAUUCCCAAAGACUGCCCCGGUGCAUCGUGUAACUUUGCUUUCUACGGUGGAAGGAGCAUGUACCACAAUUACAUCUUGACCUUCCAGAUCUACAACCUCUUUGCCUUCCUUUGGCUUAUAAACUUUGUAAUUGCGUUGGGUCAAUGUGCCCUUGCUGGUGCCUUUGCUUCCUAUUACUGGGCCAUGAGAAAACCUGAGGACAUCCCGCGGUACCCACUCUUCACUGCAUUCGGGAGAGCAGUACGAUACCACACGGGGUCUCUGGCCUUUGGAUCUUUGAUCCUUGCAUCCGUUCAGAUAUUUAAAGUGAUCAUAGAAUACCUGGACAGGCGACUUAAAAAGGCUCAGAACAGUGCUGCCCAGUUCCUGCACUGCUGCCUACGGUGCUGUUUCUGGUGUUUGGAAAAGAUGGUGAAGUUUUUAAACAGAAAUGCCUACAUCAUGAUUGCAUUAUAUGGCAAGAACUUCUGUGAGUCAACAAGAGACGCUUUCUAUCUGCUCAUGAGAAACAUUGUGAAAGUCACAGUUACAGAUGAAGUCACAUAUUUUGUAUUACUCCUGGGAAAAGUCCUAGUUUCUGGGAUUGUAGGUGUCUUGGCCUUCCUACUCUUCACAGAAAGACUACAAUUAAUUGUAGAGGGACCAACGACUUUAAAUUACUACUGGGUCCCCUUCCUGACUCUUGUAUUUGGAGCUUACCUGAUUGCUCAUGGGUUCUUCAGUGUCUAUUCAAUGUGUGUUGAAACCAUUUUCAUCUGCUUCUUGGAAGACCUAGAAAGAAACGAAGGCUCUCUUUCAAGACCCUAUUUCGUGACUCCGACUCUAAUGAACGUUUUGGUGGAUCAGGGCAAGAUCAAGAAGCAGUAGGCGAGCCAGCUGGGCAUCCUGCCGCCUGUGUCGCCUCCCACACUGUAUCCGUCCAACACAUCUUCCGGAGUGCUUUGGCUGGGGACGUUCGAAUCCCGGCCUUGCUGGCUUGCUUUUGCAUCUCAUACCAAAGCCCACACUGUAGCCGGUGAAGCCUUCAGAAGUCACAAGGGAAUUGUUAAUUACAUGCAACAUUUUUAUACUAAGAUCUUUCGUUUUGUAAUUUAUUAUUGUAUUAUUAUUAUUAAUUAUUUUUUUUAACAUAGAGUGACUUGGAUGUUUUGAAAAAAAUAUUGAGUACAUUCAUAAUCUUUUUAAUAGUAACUCGAUUUAAUAGUAACAUGAUUUAAAUUGAUAGCUCCUAGUAUAUUUUUAAAGACAACAACUAAAAGACUUCUGUAAGGAAAAUUGGUAAUUAAAGCAAGAGAAAUGCUUUUUAAGGCCCUUCCCCUGCUCCUGUUUGACAGUCAACCCGUUAAGCGGACCACCCGCUUUGGUCGGUCUUUGCCUCAGUAGAGACUGCAUCCUGUGAGAGCUGCCAGCCCUUACCACUCAAUUCUCUCAGUGCCUUCCCGGCUGGUCAGUCCUUCCCGGAUCUUGUGGGCAAGUGUACAGACCUCAUUUGAAAGAAAUUAAACUUUAAAUCCUGCAAUGUUGACUGAUGACAAGUCUUCUCACGUUUCUUUUGUUUUGUUAUUUUAGUUUUGUUUUUUGGUGUUUUGUCUUUGAUGUUUUGUUUUGUUUCAUUUUGUUUUGUUUUGAGUUUUUUUUUUUUUUUCCUCAUCCUGCUCACUGACUGGACUACACUGGCCGUGACUCUACUUUUGAUUUCCUCACUAUCAGAGGAGUAAAUUGUGCGAUACAAACAAUUCCCCUUGGGCUUAGUGAAUAUUCACAAAUGGGUGCCACACGCAAGCAGAGCUGCCUGAAAGAACACGUGUUGGAUUUGUCUUUGUUUUUACUAAAAGAAGUUUUAAAGUAUAACCUUUUCUACAGUAGUUCCUUAAAAAUAAGGGUCAGCAUGUAUAUGUCCAGUGUCUUACCCAUACCUGAAGGGGCAGCCUGUGGGAGUUUCACAGGGAAAUUUUCCCUCAGAGGGGAAGCUGUGUGCUAUGCUGGAAAACUCCGUUACACACGGCUCUUCCAUCCUGUUAUGGAUUGUCCGUUCCACUAACUUUUAUAUGAAACAACCUGUUUACCUGUCAGGUUUUUUUUUUUUUUUUUUUUUUUUACUGUGCCAAUAGGGACUGGAACAGUUUUUAAUUCCGUUUUGAAUAAUUUUAUGAAGAUUGCUAAGUUCUAGGAGAACUUGACUGAGUUCGCCAACUCAGCAUAACAAGACGUUGCCCCAAGAUGGGGAUUAGUGAGUCAAUCAACAAUAACCUGCUGUUGUUUAUUGAUGGUUUGUUGAGAACUCACUUUAGAUACCUUUAUACCAAAAUGUUCCCACUGGCGCCUUGCAGUGUGGGCUCACCACCCUCUACCCCCACACCGCCCCACGCCUGGUGGUUUGGGCUCUCCUGAGCCCAUGGCGGUGUGGGUUAUGUAUGUAAUUAGCGUGUCUCUGCUAUGCAGGAACACAGAAAGCAUAUGGUCUAAAUACCUUUGAUAGCUAAAACAGUUAAUAUUUAAUGAAAUUUGUUGGUACUCAUUGUAAAUUUGGUUUCUUCUAAUAAAGAUUUCCAUAAGAGACAAAUAAAA